UUACAUUAGUACCCAAUCAUUUUCGUAAUAUUUCAGUGUGUGGUAAAUGCAACAUUUUAGUAACUGGAAGUGAGCAGUGGGAGAUAAAACGCAUAGUGUCAAUGCAAAUUACCUGCUGCCAAGAAUACAUAAAUUACAACAACCUUACAGCUCUUUUUUUUUCUAGGCUGUGCUGUGCGUACAUAUGGGUGACUGGGUGAUCUGUUACUCAGGAUGCUGACUGUAAAUCUUGGGCAGCAGAACAAUGGAUAAAUCAACAAAGGUACGAACCGAUGGCAAUUCUCUGCUGAAGGCUGUUUAUCAGAGUCGUCUACGUCUGACUCGGCUGCUUCUGGAGAGAGGGGCCUACAUUAACGAGAGCAACGAAAAUGGCGAGACACCACUAAUGGUGGCUUGCAAGACACGUCAUUCAGAUUCCCAAAGUGUACCCAGGCACAAAAUGGUCCAGUAUCUCCUGGAAAAUGGUGCCGAUCCCAACAUUCAAGACAAGAGUGGGAAAACUGCCUUGAUGCAUGGGUGCCUUGGGCAGGAUGGAACUGAAAUUUUGUCCCUCCUGCUGAGCAGCGGUGCCGAUCCAACUCUGGAGGACCACUCUGGAUUCUCAGCACUGGUUUACGCCGUUAAUUUAGGUAACAGGGCCAUCCUUAAAAUCCUUCUGGAUGCUUGUAAUGCUAAGGGAAAGGAGGUCAUCAUCAUCACCACCAACAAGCUUCCAUCUGGCCAGACAACAAAGCAGUACCUAAAUGUCUCUCCACCCCCUGACCUCGAGGAGCAUUCAUAUUUUUCACCAACCUCCUCAUCACCAUUCGACAUCCAACGACGAGUUCCUCCACACAGUUCCUCAGCAAGUGCUUCUCCUCAGCCUGGGAGUCCCCUUCUUGGCCUCAGAAAUAACAAGUGUCCCGAUUCAUGGGUUAGCGUCAGCACCUCUCAAGCAGAUUCUCCAAUUCAACAUCCUAGUCCAUUAAAUGCUCCUAAUGUUGACAAGCGGCUCAAUCCUCAGAGAUUACACUCACAGCAAUGGGUCAAAAACCCACCCCAACUUCUUCAGAAGGUGCAGACCUCAUUGCUGGCAGAUAAGCAACCGGAGGAGGUCUUGUGUUUCAGGGGCCUUAACUUCCAUGGUCAGCCAGCAGCUGUUUCAUGCCACCAUAGCAUGGAUAUGAAAGAUGGACUACUGAAAGCACUGGACAACAUAUCAGAGAAUGACAACAAAGGGCGAUGUUGGAGAGGCUUUGCUCGAAAGAUGUCAUAUGACAGUGCUGCAAGCACAAAGCAUUCCACUUCGCACCCCAACUUGCAUCAACAAAACAAUCUGCCAUUUCCCAGUGAAUCCAUUCCUGCCGAUGGAGCUACAUCAGAUAGUCUUCAACAGUUACAUAUUUCCAGUCUUCAAAACGUUAUUCAUCGACGUAACAUUGGUGUUGACCAUUACAGUUCAGAUUCUCAGUUACUGCAGUUUGGCAGCAAAGACAAAAGCUCAAACUGCCUGACCAAGGGACCGGACAGGUCCAAGCUGACAAACGGUAGGUCCUCCACUCUGUUAGGCUCCAGAGAGUCUCUGGAUAGCUCUGUCCAGAGACAAGGUGCCUUUGGACUCGAACAAAGAGGCUCAGGGGCCCUUCUCCAAGAUCACAUCUCCUCCACUCGGCCAGGAUAUCUGCCCCCUCUGAACCUGCAUGCUCCCAUUCCAGAUAUUGGCGUCAACUGUAACACUCUGCGCCCAAUGACUGCAACUAGCAAAACACUCAAUAUUGCUUUAAAAGGAUCAAAGCCCAUUUUGCCCUGUGCGCCUAUUUUCCCACAGGUCAUGAAAACAAGCAAAAUGCUUUGGAGGCGCCACUCCAUGCAGAGUGAGCAGAUUAAGCAGCUGUCUAACUUUGAAGAAAAGUUAGACCACUAGUCAUUUUUUGGACCGGUUUGUCCAGUGGCUCCUAUUCAUUUCCCCAUUUGUCUUAGUUUCAGUAUUGCUUUUAUUUAAAUUUUUUUACCAAUACACAACUAACCAAAAUGCAAUAGUGAUACAUCUAAUUGUAAUUGUAUCGUAGUCUGCAUAGGCAAAAGGCCAUCUCAAAUUGAUCUUGUAUUCAAAGCUAUUUAUUGUUUCAAUAAUCACUGUAAUUGGACACACCUAGGAAACACAAGACAUCUGUGACCGGUCAGCCAUAUCAAAGUCAAAGUCAAAGUCAAAGUCAAAGUCUGCUUUAUUGUCAAUUUCUUCACAUGCCAAGACACACAAAGAAAUUGAAAUAACGUUCCCAGUAUCCCACGGUGACAAGACAUAGUACACAAUAUACAUACAAGUAAACAACACAAAAAAUAAAAACAAGAAGGCACAAACAAUGAAUAAAUAAGAGUGAUGAAUAAAUAAUAAAUAAACAAAUAACACAAUAAAUAAGAGGAGCAAAAAUGGAGCAAGUGUGCACACAGCAGACAGUCAGAAUAUAGCGCAAAAGUAUAGGACGCUACGCAGAAGGGGGGAGAGAGUUCAGUUCCUAACAGCCUGGAGAAUGAAGCUGUUGGUGAGUCUGGUGAUGCGGGAGCGCAGGCUCCUGUACCUUUUCCCAGAGGGCAGAAGAUCGAACAAAGAGUGAGUGGGGUGA